AUGCCUAGAGGGUUCGGGGAUGCUCUGGACUCUAGGGACGCGCUGGGCAAUGCUUGGGAUGGGCAAGGCGCUAGGGAAGCACUAGGAGAUGCCAAGCGAGGCAGGUUGGACAAGGUAGGAUGGGCAACGCCUGGUAGGCGUAGAGUUACAGGAGGCAUGCUGGUGGUGCCAGGCUGGGCACUAGUGCUGCGGUGUCUUGGCAGGUGUCAAGGCAGACAAGGUAAGGGUAUUAUCCUUAGGGCUUCAAAGGAGGGGAGCGUGAAGGCAAGUGGGAGGAUGACAGAAUCGAUGACUGAUGUCAUAGAUGGCGCAGGUAGGGCUAGAGCUUGCCAGGGCGACGCUCAUGGCAGGGCAGGCUUUGGCGCCAGUGGAGUUAGGGCUGGUCUGGGCGACGAUAAGCAGCUGGGCAGUGACGUCACGCCAACUCCAGGAGGGUUCGGGGAUGCUCUGGACUCUAGGGACGCGCUGGGCAAUGCUUGGGAUGGGCAAGGCGCUAGGGAAGCACUAGGAGAUGCCAAGCGAGGCAGGUUGGACAAGGUAGGAUGGGCAACGCCUGGUAGGCGUAGAGUUACAGGAGGCAUGCUGGUGGUGCCAGGCUGGGCACUAGUGCUGCGGUACGGGUGA